UCAGCAUUUGAGAAUAAGCUCCUGGACCAGACACCAUGGUUCAUUUUACAGCAGAGGAGAAGGCUACUAUCACAGGCCUGUGGGGCAAGGUGCAUGUGGAUGAGGCUGGAGGAGAAGCCCUGGGAAGGCUUCUGGUUGUCUACCCAUGGACUCAGAGGUUCUUUGACACCUUCGGCAACCUGUCCUCUGCCUCUGCUAUCAUGGGCAACCCCAAGGUCAAAGCCCAUGGCAAAAAGGUGCUGACUUCUUUUGGAGAAGCUGUAAAGAACCUGGAUGAUCUCAAAAGUUCCUUUGCCCACUUAAGUGAGCUGCACUGUGACAGGCUGCAUGUGGAUCCUGAAAACUUUAGGCUCCUGGGAAAUGUGCUACUGGUUGUUCUUGCAAACCAUUUUGGCAAGGAAUUCACUCCCCAGGUGCAGGCUGCCUGGCAGAAGAUGGUGUCUGGAGUGGCCACUGCCCUGGCCCAUAAAUACCAUUGAUCCUCUUA